AUGGCUGAGAAGCGUAAGCUCCCUGCGCGCGAACGUCGAGAACCGGCAGCCAAGCGACGAGUCUCCGAAGCGAUUUCUGAAAGCUCAAGCCGGAGGAAGAAGUCAACACCUUCGGCAGCUCAGGCUUCUACACCUGUUGCUGAACAUGAAGCUGAGCGUCAAGCUACUCCGGAGCCGAUCGAAGAGCCACUGCCUACUAAAAUCAAAGAUGGAGAUCCCCUACCAACGAGCACUAAAGCUCAGCGAUCACUUACUUUGUCCAACAAAGAAUACCAAUCUUUUGCUGAAAGUGCUGUUUUAAGCAUAUCCCUCGAACGUUCCAAGAAAAAGUGGCUCAGCGAUGGCAUUUUCGAAAGGUAUUGGACAAAGCCGAAGAAAACGAAGAGGGAGCAGCUUGAAGGGAAAAAUCCCCCUAAGGAUUCAAUGACCAAAAUCGGACCUUGUAAAAUCAUCAUUGAGCCCCAUCAUUUCGAUGGAAUGAUUUACACAGUUAAGGACCCCAAUGCGAAACCGACUGUACAAAUAACUCCACCCCAACGACACAUUAUUCACUACGGACCGCCGCCGCCGCAGACCGGAUACCAAUAUCAACAUUAUGCCCCUCCCCAGCAGAUGCGACCCCCUCCGUAUCCCUAUAAUCAACCACCGAAUGCGCAGUAUGCUCCUCGACCUCCACAGCCACAGCCAGUCCCACGCCAACCGCCGGCACAAGCACAUGGUACCUCGCCUCAGCCUCCGAAACCGAGCCCGGACCCUGUCAUUCAGAUGCUUGCAACAAGAGCAGCUUCGGAUCCUGAGUUAAAAGCAUUGAUGAAGAUUGUGGCGUCAAGUAAAGCGACCCAGGAGCAAUUGCGGAUUUUCCAGGGUCAUAUUGAUGAGCUCAAUGCCAUUAUUCGACAAAGAGAAAGGCAGCAACAACAACAGCAGCAGCAAUACUAUCCUCAAAACCAACAUUCACCGCGCCCUCAAUCCACUCCGAACCCGCAAAAUUCUCCAGCUCCCCCUCCACAGCAGAAUCCGCAACAGUCGCAGACUGUGCCUACUUCCUCAUCGACUCCUGCACCUGCGCCAUCCUCUACUCCUACAUCAUCUACACCGGCACCACCAACCAAUACCGUGAAGCCACAGUCACCAAUGUCACCGUCGGACACACAAAUCCCGCUUCAAGGUGGUGAUUCCGCUAAACCACAGCCAGAACCUUCUCCUAAUGCUGUUCAGUCUAGCGGCUCUAAUUCCGGCAACUUCACACCUAGUGCCACUCCCAACAUCAAGACAGAACCUGGAACCACUACAUCUUUAGCUCCCACUCCUGCUCCUACAGCGUCAUCACCUCCCAUUUCUACACCACGUACUACUGCGCCAACAAACACGGCUUCAAACGUCCCAGCUUCUGUACCACCAACGGGUGUGGCACCUGUGCCCACUCCAGCAGCUCCUUCGCCGGCCCCCCACAGCACCCCCAAAGCUUCGCCGGCGCCUAAUUAUGUUCCGACAAACCCACCACCGCAACCACUUUCACCGUAUCCCCCAGGUCCGUCUCAGUACCCGCAAUACCAUGCUUCUCCUUAUGCUCCUGGACCGCCUCCUAUCAAAGCGCGCGGUGCUCUCCCAAAUUACGGCCCAUCAAAUACUUAUUACCAAUCAUUGCCCACUCCUCCAGCUCCUAAGCCUCCUAUCAAGGCCGUUGUUUUUGAGUUUACCUCUCCGUUGACUCCUUACGGAAGUAGUACAUCUGGUCACGCUGGGUCAGGCGAUCGCUAUUUGUUCCCAGAGUACACAAUCUUGGAGUAUCAAGCUGGAGGAACAGUGCUACUUGCUUCUUUCUUGCUUAUACGCAAAGUGGAUCCCAAUACGAAAUUUCCACUUGAAUUGACAGCUGAUAUUGCACCCAAGACUAAGAGUAAGGCAUCCAAAUCCAAGAAGAAAGAUAAAGGGAAAGCUGCAGAACAGAGUGGACCAUCAACGCCUGCUCCUGAUAACAAGGAAAGCAGCGAAACCAAUGCUGCGGAUGCUACUGCCGAUACAGCAGGCGAAAAGAAGCAAUCAGAAAACAGCGUCGACAACGAACCAGGGACAACCAAUGAACAGCCCAAAGAGAAAGGGCCAUCAAACCUCAAAGAAUACUACCAACCCAUUACAAUGCGGUUCUACAGCAGCAAACCUGCAACUCUAGAACCACUAUCUCGAAUCGUCAAACCUGCCGCAGAAGUUCGUAAAUACAUGGAAGAAGUCAUGGAACGUGCGGAACGUGCUCCUGCUGGAUUUUUGCCGUUUCGUUUACCUCGCGAGAAGCCUCUUGAGAUUGUCGAUGAGGGUGAUAAAGGCGAUUUCACUGCUGCUGAGGAUGUCAAAUCUAGAACGAGAGAUGGAAGUAUUGCAGUCGCUACUCCUAGAGAUGAUGAUUUUGGUGAUGGGGAUGUUGAUGAUGUAGAACCGGGUGAUUUAGAGUUCUUGUUGAAGGAUCAUUAUGAUCCGCCUAGUGGACUUGUACCUAUACGGGUUUGAUAGUGGGCGAGUACUGAUUUGUGUAAGAUACGUCUACGAUAUAUCAAAUUUUGAGAAGAG